AUGACGUUCAAGGGAUCGCACCGCUCUGACUCCCAAGGACGUGCAAGCUGGUAUCCAGGGUCUUGGUCCGGUUUAUCCAGAUCCAAAGCGGCCCCAGUUACCGAGGUUGCCCGUGAGAGCAUAUCGGUCGCGCAAAACAUAGCCUCCAGCGCUACAGACUCCCCAACUCCCUCGAUCGAUACCUCGAAACGUACUCGAGCUCCCUCCAUUCAGUUAAUCAAGAAAGCUGGCUCUUCAACUCGGUCGCUUCCAGUUGACGCAACUAUCACUAGAGUAAACGUCGCAUCAUCUGGCUCGGCUUCUACAACCGCUCUAGAAAACUUGGAGGCUCCUGAAGCUGCAGAGCCAGAGCCAGAAUCCUCCAAGAAGGAGGUGCCUGCAAACGGAAACAUAACUUCAGAAGAGAACCCUGAAAAAGAGCAAUCGGCCAACGAGGAGGUUGAUUCAAACACCAAUACAAAUUCAGGAAGUGCGGCACUUCCUGAACAGUCCGGUGGAUGGCUAUCGUGGAUUUACAGGUCCGAUAAUACAGAUAAGACUAAUUCAAGCACCCAAGUCCCCGAGGCGGCUAAACAGACGACAGACGACCUUCAAGAGCCCACGGCAGCCUACUCUCAAACAGCCACAAGCGAUACUCCCGGGCAAACAGAACAGCCCGGCCAGGUGCCAGCGCACCCUGUAGAAACGGCAGAAGACACAUCUCCGAACAAGAAGAGGUCGUGGUUGCAGAUGUUCUAUGGUUCAGCUGCUGCCACACGGGAAGAUAAAGGAACACCAGAGACGAAUACCAUGCCCGCAGAAUCGGACAACACAACCACAGGACCCAUGGCCCCAAAGGACACGCCUGAUAAGCAAGGCGAUGAGCUUCCAUCUCAGACCCCGCCAGCGAAUACUAAAUCAUCUGGGUGGUCGUUUUGGUCCAAAGCCACGACCAAAGAUGCGGCUGCGGGGAAGCCGCAAGAGGCUGAAGCCGUUGCAGCGUCAAUACCGGAGGACACCCCGUCACGGCCGACAACGCUUGAACCAGAUUCAAAUACCCAAGUAAACAUCACGCAGAAAGGAAGCCUCAAAGUACCACAGCCCAAAGAAACAGGCGCCAAAGACGUAACGAUGUCCACGGUGGAGGCAACAUCUACAGCCUCGACAUCGGCCGAAGGACGACCGGUCGAUGCAUCUGCCUCGAAACAACUGCAGAAGAUCCUACCUAAUCAAGUGCUGCCACAUUUCGAAGACACAUACCGCUUCGAAGAAUCACCAUCUCUUCUACAAUCCCUUGGCCGCCUACUCCACUACACGAAAGGAGUAGAACACAGCCAUGUCACUCGUGUUCGGGAUCCACCUAAAAUCAAACGGGCUCUAGCCAUCGGCGUUCAUGGCUAUUUCCCAGCGCCAUUUAUCAGGACUGUCCUCGGGCAACCCACCGGCACAUCCAUCCGAUUCUCCAAUAUGGCAGCUGAAGCCAUCCGUAAGUGGACCGCGGGCCAGGGCUACUCGUGCGAGAUCGAGAAAAUUGCGUUAGAAGGAGAAGGGCGCAUUACAGAACGAGUGGAUUUGCUCUGGAAACUCCUCUUGAACUGGAUGGAGGAGAUCCGGAAGGCGGAUUUCAUCCUGAUAGCGUCUCAUAGUCAGGGCGUGCCCGUGUCGAUCAUGCUGGUGGCGAAGCUGAUCGCGUUUGGCUGUGUCAAUGCCUCACGAGUGGGGAUCUGUGCGAUGGCCGGUGUAAAUAUGGGGCCUUUCUCUUCGUACCGGUCUCGCUGGAUUAGUGGUUCCGCGGGGGAGCUCUUUGAGUUUGAGCUGCCAUCCAGCAAGGUUUCUAGAGACUACGAAGCAGCACUAAGAUGUGCUCUUGAUUUUGGUGUGCGGAUUACUUACGUUGGCAGCAUCGAUGACCAGUUGGUUUCUCUAGAGUCUUCCUUGUUCUCUCCGAUAGCCCAUCCAUAUAUUUACCGGGCAGUCUUUGUCGAUGGCAGAGUCCAUGCACCGAGUUUCCUUUCUCAUCUCGUCGGCUUCACCCUCAAACUCCGCAACCUCGGUGUGCAGGACCACGGGCUGAUCCGGGAACUUAGCCUUCCGCUCGCGGGCAGCUUAUACGGUGGAGAAGGGCACUCUCGACUCUACGACGAUGAGGCUGUCUACUUCAUGGCAAUCCAGUUCGCGCUGGAGACAUCUGUAGUCCCCGGGGCUACGCUGCGAUCAAACCGAACUGCACCUUCCCCAACGACAAAUCCAUAUAUCCUUCCCUUUGCUAUGCGUGGUAUCCUCGAAGAAGAGAGGGUACGGCAAGAGCUGCACGAGGAGACGAUGGAGCUGCUGCGCCAGUUUGAUGAUUGGAGACCGUCGACGAAGAUUCUGAAGGAUGUCAAGUUUCGGUUGGAGGGGAUUAGGUCCAAAUUGUAA